UAACAACAACUAUUAAUUCACUCAUUCAAAUAACAAUGGCUUUCAAACACAAAAUCAUUGCUUUUCUUCUUUCCAUGUUGUUAUUUGUAUCAUUAGCAAAUGGUGUUCCACUAGAAAACAUUUGCGAUUAUACCAUAGAUCCUAUUUAUUGUAAAACCGUAUUUGUUAAUCAAAAUGGAAAUAUCUAUGACUUUGGUCGUAUUUCUAUUCGAAAAUCUAUAUCUCAAUCUCGUAAGUUCAUUAACUCAAUAAACUCAUAUCUUCAAAGUAGUUCAUCUUUGUCUCAGUCCACAGUUCGUGCUCUCGAAGAUUGUCGAUUUCUUGCUGACUUAAGUUUUGAAUAUUUAUCAAACACUUAUACCACAACAAAUCAAUCUAGUAAUGUUCUUCCAAUUUCUCAAGCUGAAGAUUUUGAAACUUUCCUAAGUGCUGUUUUGACUAACCAACAAACAUGUUUGGACGGUCUAAACACUAUAAGUUCUGAUCAAAGAGUGAAGAAUGAUUUAUCAUCAUCUCUCUCUGAUGAUAUAAAGCUUCAUAGUGUAACUCUAGCCUUGUUCAAAAAAGGUUGGGUUCCCGAGAAAAAAAUAAGAACAUCAUGGCCACAAAAUGGUAGACAUUUGAAUUUCAAAAAUGGACGUUUACCAUUGAAAAUGUCAAAUAGAGCACGUGCUAUUUAUGAUUCAGCUAAACACCAUGGAAGAAAACUACUUCAAACUACCACUGAUGAAGAUAGUGUUGUGGUGAGUGAUGUUGUGGUUGUUAGUCAAGAUGGAAGUGGAAACUUUACAACUAUCAAUGAUGCAAUAGCUGCUGCACCGAAUAACACCGUUGCCAGUGAUGGAUACUUCUUCAUUUUUAUCACUGAAGGUGUGUAUCAAGAAUAUGUAUCUAUAGACAAAAAGAAAAAAUACUUGAUGCUUGUGGGAGAAGGAAUCAAUCGAACAAUUAUCACAGGAAAUCACAACGUUAACGAUGGUUUCACAACAUUCAACUCAGCCACAUUUGCGGUGGUUGGUCAAGGUUUUGUGGCAGUUAACAUAACAUUUCGCAAUACAGCCGGACCAGGAAAACACCAAGCAGUUGCAUUGAGAAGUGGAGCAGAUAUGUCCACUUUCUAUAGUUGUAGCUUUGAAGGAUAUCAAGACACAUUGUAUACACAUUCUUUAAGACAAUUUUAUAGAGAAUGUGAUAUUUAUGGAACAGUUGACUUCAUAUUUGGAAAUGCAGCAGUUGUUUUACAAAAUUGUAACAUUUAUCCCCGCCUUCCUCUCACUGGACAAUUCAACACCAUCACAGCUCAAGGUCGAACUGACCCAAAUCAAAACACUGGAACUUCUAUACAGAAUGCAACUAUUAAAGCAGCUGACGAUUUAGCUCCUAAAGUUGGAACUGUUCAAACAUACCUAGGGAGACCAUGGAAGGAAUACUCAAGGACAAUUUUCAUGCAAUCUUUCAUGGAUAGUUUCAUAAAUCCUGCUGGAUGGCAUGAUUGGAAUGGUUCUUUUGCGUUGAGCACUUUGUACUAUGCAGAAUAUAAUAACAGAGGAUCAGGUUCAAGCACUGUGAAUCGAGUGACGUGGCCUGGUUAUCACGUUAUUAAUGCUACUGAUGCUGCCAAUUUCACUGUGUCUAACUUCUUGAGUGGGGAUGAUUGGAUUCCUCCAACUGGUGUCCCAUAUUUGAGUGGAUUGAUUUAGUCAAAUUUAAACACUUAGAGUAUCAAGUUGUUGACAUAUUUAUCGUUAUUUAUGUAAACGUGUUUCUCUAAUCUCUUUAUGUAUACAUAUUUUGUGUUUUGCAUAUCUUUUGCUAGGUCAUUCUAAAGUUUUCAAUAAUUUAAAAAAGA